AUGGAUCCGUUACUCGAUAUUGAAGACGAUGAAUCAGAAAGUGAAGGAAAUAAAACGAUAGAAGAGGAUAAUGAAAAGGUUAAGAAGAAAGAAUUCAAGAGAUUGAACAAGCGAAAAUCUUUAAACGAGACACCAGAAGCGCGGCCAGCAAAAGCGAUUCGAAGACGAGAGAAUGAAAAAACAACGAAGAAAGCUUUACCAACAAAUCAACGAACUUUGUUAUCAUUCUUCAGUAACAAA